GUAAUUGGGCCCGGGAAGCUGGACGGUUGAUUUGCUUGCUUCGAAACCCUAGAACCUUGUUUUACUGCAACCAUGGAUUCUUCUCAUCAAAUCAAUCCUCAGAAACCGCGGUCGGUGAUCGGAGGCAUGACCGAUUCUGGUAGCACAAACCCUAAAUCCCAAUCAGGCGCUACCGAUUCGACCCUCGGUGAUGGCUCUUCCCAUCCGGGACUCAAAAGAGAUUUAAGAAACUAUGACAAGGAUGAUGAUGAUGAUACUAAUAGCUUGUCUACCAAGAAACCAAGGAUCACGACGAUCGAGAGCACCUCUGAGAGUUGCAAGAAAAUUGUGCCCUUGGAUGUGACACCAUUGACGAUCGUGCCACCUGAAACUCCGAAGCUCUCUAGACAGUUUUGGAAAGCUGGAGAUGACGACGAAUCUGUGCCUCUACCUCGCUAUUGUAGCAAUGAUGCGGCGGUUCGGGUCCAUCCUCAAUUUCUUCAUGCCAACGCCACAAGCCAUAAAUGGGCACUUGGAGCUUUAGCUGAGCUUCUUGACAAUUCUCUAGACGAGGUAAAUAAUGGGGCUACAUAUGUUCAUGUGAAUUCAGCAACUAAUGAAAGAGACGAGAAAAGCAACAUUCUAAUUGUCGAAGACAAUGGAGGUGGGAUGAAUCCUAGUACGUUUAGAGAGUGCCUUUCUUUAGGCUAUUCUAGAAAACGCAAUAUGGCUGAUAGGGUUGGUCAAUAUGGAAAUGGCUUCAAAACUAGUACAAUGAGGCUUGGUGCUGAUGCAAUUGUCUUCUCACGUUGUCGAGGAACCAAUGGAAACAAUCCGACACAGAGCAUUGGUAUGCUAUCAUAUACCUUUCUUUAUGAGACAAGAAAAUGUGAAGCAAUUGUCCCCACGGUUGAUUAUGAGUUAGUCGAUAACGAGUGGAAGGAGAUAGUUUAUAACUCCAGAGAUGGCUGGUCUGAUAAUUUAGAGACCAUAGUGAAGUGGUCACCUUAUCUAUCCGAACAAGAUUUAUUGGACCAGUUUGAUCAUCUAGAAGAGCAAGGUACUCGGAUCGUGAUUUAUAAUCUAUGGGAGGACGAUGAAGGGAAGUUGGAACUUGACUUUGAUACAGACCCUCAUGAUAUCCAACUCAGAGGUGUAAACAGAGAUGAGAAGAACAUCGAAAUGGCUAAAGCUUAUCCUAACUCGAGGCAUUUCCUAACUUACCGACACUCACUACGUAGUUAUGCAUCGAUUCUGUAUCUCAAACGCCCACCAAAUUUCAGAAUCAUUCUUCGUGGAAAAGAUGUUGAACAUCACAGCAUCUUAGACGACAUGAUGAUGAAGGAAGAGAAAACAUACAAACCUGUGCGUUCUCCAGAAUGGUCAUCAGAUCAAGACGAGAUGUGUGCUACUAUAAAGCUUGGCUUUGUGAAAGAUGCUCACCAUCACAUUGACAUACAAGGGUUCAAUGUUUACCAUAAGAACCGGCUUAUCAAGCCUUUUUGGAGGGUUUGGAAUGCUGCUGGAAGUGAUGGACGCGGUGUUAUUGGUAUAUUGGAAGCUAAUUUCAUACAACCAGCUCACAAUAAGCAAGGGUUUGAGCGAACUGCCGUUCUUUCUAAGCUUGAAGGCAGAUUGGUCCAUCACCAAAAGCACUACUGGUCUUCAAGGUGCCAUGAGAUUGGUUAUGCUCCAAGACGGAAACAGAAGAAUUAUGAAAGUAAUGUUACAGUACCAGCUCGACCUAUCUACACCACAAACCUUGAUAGGGGAUCAUCUUCUACUGCAGUACUAGCUAGAAGCAGGCAAAAUUCUGAAUCAUUUGUUAGAAACCAAAUCCCUCAGGUUAAUACACAAGCAAGUGUAAAGAAUAUACAACCUGAGAGUAGGUCUACGGACAGAAACCGUGUUGGAAUAAGUUUGGAAGAAACAAGCUCAGUUAAUGUACAAGCAGAGUUGCAGAAGGGUAAACAGGAGUCAGCCGAAGUGGUCUCUAAGUUGCAGAGAGAAAAAACACUACUUGAGUUGCAACUCAAGGAGUCAAAAGCUAAGAUCCAAGCCUUAGAAAAGGCGCAGAGAGAGAAAGAACUGCUUCUUGAGUCGCAACUUAAGGAAUCACAAGCUAAGAUCCAAGACUUGGAAAAGGCGCUGAGACAUAAGGAAUUGCCUUUUGAGUUGCAAAUUAAGGAGUCAAAAGCUAAGAGCCAAGACUUGGAGAAGGCGCAGAGAGAGAAAGAACUGCUCGAGUUUCAGCUUAAGGAGUCAAAAGUUAAGAUCCAAAACUUGGAAAAUCGUCAGGAGGGAGUGAAUAAAAUCUUUCAUGAAGAAAGAGCCCGCAGAGAUGUGACUGAGAAUGCCUUAAGGAAGAAACUAAGGGAAGCUUCCGAUGUCAUCGAUGGGUUAAAGAAGCAAGUGGAGACCUUCAAAGGAAAACGUAUGUUGUAAGCACAGGUGUCAAGAUAACUCUUUUCUAGUUUUUUUGGGUUUAUGUUUUAAGGUUUGUACAUGUACAUGAAACUUCUAGCCUUCAGCAGUAUGUUUAUAUUCAGUAGACUUUUGUGAAAGACCCCAACUUAGUUUGUAAGCAUGAAGUGGUUUUUUGUUAAUCAAGG